ACUCUCAAAGCCCCCUUUUUAUUCUCUCCCGUGUGACCCUCACCGACCUAGGUUUUCAGAUGGCCGACGACGCGGCGAAACUGGUCGCCGAGAUCGGCGGUCGACUCCAUCAGCAAUCUCGUCCGACCAAGGAUUUUCUCAUAAAGUCUCUUCGACAAGCUGCAAGUGCUUUGUUGGAAUUAGAGCAGAAGUCUUCAUUAGAACCCGCCAUAAAGCCUCUGAGUGGAUCAUUUGUUAAGCAUGGUUUGCUUCAUAAUAAAGAUAAAGACGUUAAACUUCUAGUGGCAAUCUGUUGCAGUGAAAUCAUUCGAGUCAUGGCACCAGAACCACCUUUUGAUGAUAAAGAAUUGCGGGAAAUUUUUGAACUUUUUGUUAGCAUGUUUGCUGAGCUAGCUAAUACCACAAGCCCAUAUUUCUCGAGGAGGGUUAAAAUUCUAGAGACUUUUGCUAAAUACAAUUUUUGCAUGCUAAUGCUGGACAUCAACUGUGAUAUUUUAGUGCUUGAAAUGUUCAAUACUUUCUUCUCUGUUGCAAGAGAACAUCAUCAACAAAGUGUGGUUAAGGCAAUUUUGUCUAUAAUGACACUUAUUCUAAAGGAGAAGGUCUCUCAGCCGCUCUUGGAUGUGAUUUUGCAGAACCUUUUGAAGGAGGGAAAGGGUGCAACUGCUUCUCCUUCCCGGAUUGCUGUUUCUGUUGUUCAAAAUUGUGCUGAAGAGCUUGAGCCCUUUGUUUGUGGGUUUUUAACAUCUUGUAUUUUGGACAGAGAUGCUGUAGGCAACGAACUUAAAGAGUUCUAUCAUGAAAUUAUUUUUGAAAUUUUCCAAUGUGCUCCCCAGAUGCUUCUUGCGGUCGUCCCAAACUUGACCCAAGAACUUUUGACUGAUCAGGUUGAUGUCAGAAUAAAAGCUGUUAAUUUGAUUGGAAAACUUUUUUCACUGCCUGAACACCAUGUUGUGCAAGAAUAUCGACAUCUCUUUGUAGAGUUCCUAAAAAGAUUCUCUGACAAGUCUGCAGAAGUUAGAGUUAGUGCUCUACAAUGUGCUAAAGCUUGUUACAUGGCCAAUUCCUCUGGGACUGAAUCACUUGAAAUUCUCACUGCUGUUGAAGGUCGAUUAUUAGAUUUUGAUGAUAGAGUCAGAAUGCAGGCAGUUAUUGUUGUUUGUGACCUUGCCAAGUCAAACCUGAAAUUUCUCCGACCUGAACUAAUAUCUCGAGCUACUGACCGACUUCGUGAUAAGAAGUUAUCUGUUAGAAAGAAAGCUUUGCAGAAGUUGCUUGAAGUAUAUCGAGAGUAUUGUUCCAAGUGUUCUGAAGGUCACAUAGCAAUUACUGACCAUUUUGAACAGAUUCCAUGUAGAAUUUUGAUGCUUUGCUAUGAUAAAGACUGUAAGGAGUUCAGACCCCAAAACAUGGAGCUUGUACUUGCGGAGGAUUUAUUUCCAGCUACUCUUUCAGUUGAGGAGAGGACAAGGCACUGGAUCUCAUUUUUCUCACUUUUUACUCCUCUUCAUGUAAAGGCAUUGAACUCCAUUUUAUCUCAGAAACGAAGGUUGCAAACAGAGAUGCAAAUCUAUUUGGCGUUGCGAAAGAAAGAGAAGGAGAAUGUUGCUGAAGAAGUGCAGAAGAGGAUUCAAGCUUCAUUUUUGAAAAUGUCAGCUUCCUUUCCAGACUCUUGCAAAGCUGAAGAAUGCUUUCAUAAAUUAAACCAAAUGAAAGAUAAUAGCAUAUUUAAGGCUUUGCUACAGCUUUUGGAUGAAGUCACCUUAACAAGUGCUGAGACCACCAGAGAUAAAUUUCUGAAAAUGAUAGGGGAGAGGCAUCCACAUUUUGAGUUUCUACAAUCUCUUUCCAAGAAAUGCUUGUUUAAUAUAUUCAGCUCUGAGCAUGUACGCUGUAUUUUAGAGCAUAUUUCCAGCAACAGAGUUGGCAAUAAGCACUUGGAGGUUUCUUCUUUUGACCUUCUUUUGGUUAUUGUCAGCAUUUUUCCUUCUCUUCUGAAAGGCUCGGAGAAACUGUUUCAAAUGUUGUUAUUUAAGGAGGACAUCCCAUUUCAAGAAAAAUUGAUUCAAGUGUUAGGAAAAGCAGGUCCUCACAUUUCUAUUAAACUCAGUGAUAUUUACCCUUCCUUGGAGAGGAUAUGCCUGGAGGGAAGUCGUGCUCAGUCCAAAUUUGCUGUAUCUGCAAUUGCUGCUUUAGUUGGUACUUCUGAGCAGUUUGUUUUCUCAGAAUUGUGCAAGGCACUUGUGGAUUCUCUACAUGGUGGGCAGAACAUUCCAACUGUCCUGCAGUCUUUGGGUUGUAUGGCACAACAUUCUGUUUCUGCAUUUGAAGCUCGAGAUAAAGAGAUCACAUCAUAUAUAAAUGAAACAUUUUUUCAAGUGGAACCAUUGGACAAUCUAGCUUCAUUUGAUGAAACUUCUGAAUGCAGCAGCUCGUGCAAAUUGAAGAUUUAUGCAUUAAAAGCACUUGUCAGGAGCUUUUUGCCGCAUCGAGGAACUCAUGUCAAACGUCAAAUUAACGACUUGUUGGACAUUAUGUCAGAAAUGCUGCCAAAGGGUGAUAUCUCUUAUGAUACUGGGUCAUGUGAAAAUGACGAGGCUCAUAUCAGAUUAGCUGCUGCAAAAUCUGUUCUUCGACUUGCUGGAAGAUGGGAUUUGCAUAUUUCACCCCAUAUCUUUCGCUCUACAAUUCUAGUGGCAAAGGAUCCUUCACCACUUAUAAGGAGACUAUUUCUUGACAAGACUCACAAGCUGUUGAAGGAACAUGCUAUACCUAGUAGAUAUGCAUGUGCUUUUGCAUUUGCUGGCCCGGAUUGCCCCAAAGAUCUGCAAGAGGAUUCAUUGAAAUAUAUGGCAGAAUUUAUGAAAGAAUACCGUAAAGAAGCUCAAGUACGCCAAACUUCUGUGAUGCAAGGAGGAACCAUUACCGAUUACCCAGCAUACAUGGUGGUAUUCUUGGUCCAUGUUCUUGCUCAUGAUACUAAUUUCCCAUCUGAAACUUGUCAAGACGAAGAAAUGUUUGCUCAGUUUUGCAGUCCCCUUUUCUUCGCCUUGCAAGUGUUAGUCAAUGCUAGUUUUGUUGAUGGUGGCAUGGAUCUUGACAAUGAUGCUAUCUCAUGUAUAUUUAGUAUUUUCCGUGCUAUUAAAAGGGCUGAUGAUGCUGUUGAUGCUCAGAGAACUCUUAACCUACAUAUGCUGGCAGACAUUGGCAUCUCCAUUCUUAAGGCAUUAAAUACCUGGGGCAUUUCCAUGUCUAAUACCCCUGACAAAAUUUUGCUGCCAUCAUCAUUAUAUAGAAUUAGUAGUGCAAAGAAAAGCGAGGAGGUUGAUUCAACAAGACUUACUGGGUCUACUUUGGAUGAAAAAUUUCUUAAGAAGCUUAUUCCUAUUUUUAAAUCUAAUCUCUCUCUGCCUAGUACUGUGCAUCCUAAACGUGGUCGAAAAUGUCAGGACAGUUCACAUUUAGAUAUUAUAAAGAGCAACACUUUGAACCUGGCACCAAGUAGGGAAGUUGCAUCAUCAAAAAAUGGGACAAUAAUAGGCCAGAGUUCAUCCUUACAUAGAAAGACUCAAAAAACUGUGAUGCAGGAAAUCAGUACUGGAGGAAGGCAAAAGCAUCCUGUGUCUCCCACUGUUCACAAAUCAGUUGGAUUGCACAAUGAAUGUUGCAUUAAUAAUGGGCACAAAAGUGAUAAAGGCAGAAAAUCUGAACCAAGUUUGGGACAAGGGCAACUUUCAUCUUCUUGUGGCUCUGCAACAAUGAGACCUUUGACAGAGUCACAAAGUUCCGCCAAGAAGAUGGUUUUACCACGUGCAGCUUCUUUAAAAGCAAAUGGCACAGCAAAAGAAAGUAGCAACAUUACUACGAAACCUUCAAAAUCUUCCAGAUCCAAGCGUAAAGAUCCUUGUAGUUCAGUGGAAAUUAUAAACAACAGUGAGGUAUUGAUUGGACAACGGAUCAAAUUGUGGUCUCCUGUUGAUAAACGUUUCUAUUCAGUCACUGUGGAUGGGUUUAAUUCUCAGAACAAUACUCACAAGGUUGUAUAUGACAAUGGUGCAAUUGAAGCAUUAUGCUUGGCAAGUGAGACUUGGGAAACUAUAAGUGAUGGUUCCUUGUCAAAGACGGUUAAAUUGGCACAGGAGACAAAUGGUUUCCAUAUGCAGAAGCGUGAUCCUCUGGAGAUUUCUUCUCUCAGUAGUCUGAAGGAAACUGUUGAUGCAGUUGGAGAUGAUGCAUCCCAACAGCACGAAAAUUUUCAAAAUAAAGGGAGGACAAAUUCACUUUAUAUGACAAAUCCUGGUUCUGGUAAUAUUCUGUUCUCUCUGUGUAAAGGGAAAGCAUGGCCAGAAGGUUUCUGUUGACACAUUGGCAUCAGAAGUUGUCAAUAUGAACGAGAUUGCUGUAGGUAGAAGGACCCGGAGAAGGAAAACUUAAGUUACUUUGGUUUUUUUAAGAGACAAUGAGUUUUUAUACUUCUUGAUAAAAAGGCAAAUAUUACAAUUAGUCAUGGGGGGCGCAAUCUUAGUGAUAAGAUGUACGCUCUUGCUGUUUGUAAAUAACAAAUGAUGUGCUCUUUCUGUAAGUGGACCAAAGUUUGGACUUGAAUAUUGUGUAAUUGAAUCAAGUUUUUAGAAAUGUAAAUGCAAUUUUUGGAUAAGAGGAA